AAUGGCCAAUGCUAACCUAACCACUAGGUGUCAGGGUUGCAUAGCUGCACCCAGAACUGUCAGGCUACUCACGUUAAUUUGAUGUGGUGGGAGUGAACUUCCUGCCUCCAGAGGAGCUUAUGACUAUGAAUAAGUUUGUCACGGAGGUCACUGAAGUCAUGGAUUCAGUGACUUUCAGAAACCUCCUUGACAUUUUUCACUUCAGCUCCAGGGUGGCAGGGGGCACCUGGAGCUGUGAGGAACUGCUGCAGUGAGGGGCAUCGAGAGUGGCAAGGAGGUGCCACCGUGGAUGGUUCUCAUGCGGGGCCACGAUGUCAGAUAUCAUGGUGAAUUUGAAGUCCUUUCAGUCUGAGCAUGCGGUGGAAGAAAGUGAGCAGCCCUUGCUGUGUUUGAGAAGCCGCUGCAAGGGGCUGAUGGUGAAUGCAUGUGCCCAUGCUGUCUUCUUCUGCAAGCUGCUCCAUGCCCUCAGGCAGAAAGCGAGUGGGAAGGUUUCACUGAUUUCCUCCAAGGAAUCCAUGGGCAGUGAAGGCCUGAAGGUUGGGAUUAUUGGUGGAGGCCACAUUGGAAAGCAGCUGGCCAGGGCACUACUGGAGCUGAGUGACAUUUCGGCUCAGAAUAUCCACAUCUCCACCAGGAGGCCAGAGACUCUGUCAGAGUUCCAGCAGCUGGGAGUUGAAUGUUUUUAUGACAAUGGCCAGCUCGUGGCCUGGGCCGACAUUGUGUUUCUUUGUUGCCUCCCAUCUCAUCUACAGCACAUCUGCUCAGGAAUUCAUGCUGCUCUCCGGGAACCCUGCAUUGUGUACAGCCUGGUCACUGCUGUCCCGCUGCCCAGGUUGAAGCAACUCCUUUCCUACAGUGCCAUCCUGAGGCCACAGUACCACUGCACUAGCAGAAACUUAGAGAAUAUGUGGGGGACAAAUGGGACAAUCAUAGCUGCACUCCAAGACCCUAUUGUUAUACAGGCUACCUGUCCCUGUAGCCCCAAAGAGAGAAUUGCUGUCACUGGCAAGUGGUUGGAGGCCGUUUUCUAUGCAGCCCUGAACAGCUGUAUGUGGCGGCACCUGCCCCACCAGCACGCACUGAAGUUACUGAAUGAUGUAUGUUUCCCUGAGCACUGCCCCAUCUGUACAGAGCAGAAGACCUCUUGCCCACGCACCUUCCCCUGGUUUGACCUGACAACUGUACAAAUGAAGGAGUCUCCCUUCAGUCAGCUCCUAGCAAGGAGUGUGCUUCUCCAGAACCAUCUUACUUUUUUGUACUGUACCUCCUUUGGAGUUUUGCUUGCAAAGAGUGGAGGGAUGGCCAGCAGUGGCCUCUGGCAGCAGAAUGUCUUCUCUUUCUGCCGCAGCAGAUCCAAGUAUGGUGCUGGGUCAUGAGUCAAUGUCCACCCACAACUGCUAUUGAUGUGACUUGAAAAAAAGAUCAGGAGAUGUUCCUAACACUCAUUCUGAAGCUUCAUACAGUGUAACGACAGUGUGAUUCCAAACCUCCAGGGAUGGAACUGCUUUGCUAAGGUUUAAUGCUGAAGAGAACUGUGGCAGAGAUUAAGACCCCUUUCCUACCAGUUCCCAUUGUAGGAUCCAUAUGGUUGUGCGUGGUGGAGGAAUGUACGGUGAGGACUUUGUCCUGCAGUGGAAAGGAUAAAGCUGGAAUGGCAUGUAAACCUUUACCUGACCAUCAUCCACAGCACAAACCAACUGCAAAGUAGUGGGCAAAUUAAAACAGUGAAAA